AUGGACAGCAACAUUACGAUUUCUAGCAACAUCCUUCAAAUUCAGGGCUUUAACAUUUCUCCAGAGUUUACAUACCCGCUAUUUUUCUUAAUCCUGUUUUUUUACUUUUCCCUGCUUUGUUCCAACAUUGGAGUGCUUGUGCUCAUCAUCACAGAGCGGAGUUUGCACCAGCCGAUGUACAUGCUCUUCUGUAACUUGUCUGUUAACGACCUGAUAGGAAACACGGUCUUACUGCCGCGGCUCAUGACUGACAUCAUUUCCACGGAGCGCUUUAUCACGUACAACCAGUGUGUUGCUCAAGCUUUCUACAGCCACACAUUUGGAUCAGCUUCACAUAUGAUAUUGAUAAUAAUGGCAGUUGACAGAUAUGUGGCUAUAUGUCAUCCUCUGAGGUACAGCUCAAUCAUGACUAUCAGAACUGUGGUUGGGCUCUCAGUGUCUGCGUGGGGAGCAUCAAUUGUUUUAGUGUCUGUACUGAUAGGACUCACUGUGAGGCUGUCACGCUGCCGAUCACUCAUACAAAAUGCUUACUGUGACAACGCCUCACUGUUCAAGCUUUCUUGUGAGGAUGUGUCAGUCAACAACAUCUACGGGCUCUUUUUCACCGUGCUGCUGUUUAGUUCCUCGAUGGGAAGCAUCGCCGUCACCUAUUUUAGAAUAGCUCUCGUCUGCAGGGUCAAGAAGAGCAAAGAGCUGAACAACAGAGCUCUGCAAACCUGCGCCAGCCACCUCGUCCUUUACCUCAUCAUGCUGUGGUCAGGCUUUCUGACCAUCAUACUGCACCGUUUCCCAAAUUACCCCGAUUUAAGGAAGAUUGCGUACAUUUUGUUUCAUGUUGUCCCUGCAAAUGUGAAUCCAAUCAUCUAUGGGAUGCACACCAGGUCAUUACGGGAUAUAAUUGUGCAAAGACUAAGCAGAAAAGUGACUCCAUCCUAA